AUGGGCGCUGAUCCGUCCAACGCUGAUCUGGCCAAGAUGAUUGAGGCCCUCACGGGAACAAUCACCUCCCUGAAAACCGACGUCGAGCAAUUGAAGAAGGACAAAGGGAAGUCCUCGUCGUCAUCGGCUGGGGGCUACGGCGACGGCCAGCACCAUACUGACCGCCCACCCCGUUUCCAGAAGAUGGACUUUCCGAGAUAUGAUGGCAAGUCCGAUCCGCUGAUUUUUAUCAAUCGCUGCGAGUCGUUCUUCCAUCAACAGCGGAUACUUGAAGAGGAGAAGGUGUGGAUGGCCGCCUACAAUCUGGAGGAGGGCGCCCAGAUGUGGUUCAUCCAGGUCCAGGAGGACGAGGGCAAGCGGCUGACAUGGGGCCGUUUCAAGGAACUCAUCAACCUUCGCUUCGGCCCUCCCCUGCGAUCGGCGCCGCUGUUCGAGCUUGCGGACUGCCGCCGCACGGGCUCCGUGGAGGACUACCAGGAUCGCUUCCAAGCGCUCCUUCCCCGCGCCGGGCCGCUGGAAGAAAUCCAGCGCGUGCAGCUGUUCAUCGGCGGCCUCCUACCGCCGCUCAGUCAUGCGGUGCGGAUUCUCAACCCGCAAUCGCUUGCCUCGGCCAUGAGCUUGGCUCGUCAGGUGGAGUUGAUGGAGGCGGACAAGGUCCAGGCGGCUGCGGCUCCACCCCCAGCACGCGCGGCGCUACCAGCUCCACCGCGCGCCGAGCGGCGCCGUUUGGGCCUCUGUUACAACUGUAACGAAAGGUACUCGCGGGGGCACAACAGGGUCUGCCGCCGCCUUUUCUACAUCGACGGAUUUGAGCUCGCCGACGACGCAGCCGCUGUUGCACCGGAUGCGGAGGCGCCGGUCUUCUCCCUGCAUGCUGUUGCGGGUGUACCGGUCAGCACCACGAUCCAGCUCCCGGUAUCGCUGGCUGCGACAUCCUUCAUCGCCCUCGUCGACUCCGGGUCGACUCACAGCUUCAUCGGCGAGGCUGCAGCGCGCAACACCGGCCUGCCAGUGGACUCACGGCCACGGCUCACCGCGAUGGUGGCCAACGGAGAACGCGUCGCAUGUCCGGGGGUGCUCCGCCAGGCCCCGGUCGUCAUCCACGGCAUCACCUUCACCGUCGACCUCUUCGUCAUGCCCUUGGCGGGCUACGAUGUCGUGCUGGGCACGAACUGGAUGGCCAUGCUAGGACCCAUCAUCUGGGACUUGGCUGCUCGAACUAUGGCGUUCCACCAUGCAGGCCGGGCUGUUCGCUGGCAGGGAGUGCCGCCUCUAUCCGCACCCCGCGUACUGACGGCGGUGGCAGACAGCCCCCUGCUCGACGGGCUCCUCGGCGCUUUCUCCGACGUCUUCGAAGAGCCGAGCGGCCUCCCACCAACACGCGGCAGGGAUCACUGCAUCGUCCUCAAGCCUGGCUCUCUUCCUGUGGCGGUCCGACCAUACAGGUACCCGGCGGCGCACAAAGACGAACUCGAGCGCCAAUCCCUCCUAAAGAAGGAUGGCUUCUCCUGGACCGAGGAGGCGGCAGCAGCCUUCAUCGAGCUCAAGACGGCGGUCACAACGGCUCCGAUCCUCGCCAUGCCCGACUUCACCAAGCCGUUCGUCGUCGAGUGUGAUGCAUCAUCACAUGGGUUCGGGGCGGUGCUGGUCCAGGACAGCCACCCGGUCGCAUACUUCAGCCGGCCCGUCACUCCUCGCCAUCGCGCCCUCGCUGCAUAUGAGCGCGAACUCAUCGGUCUCGUCCACGCUGUCCGGCACUGGAGACCAUACCUGUGGGGCCGCCGAUUCGCAGUCAAGACCGAUCAUUACAGCCUCAAGUACCUGCUGGAUCAGAGGCUUGCGACCAUCCCACAGCACCACUGGGUGGGAAAGCUUCUCGGCUUUGAUUUCUCCGUCGAGUACAAGCCGGGGCAUGCCAACGCCGUGGCGGACGCCUUGUCCCGCCGCGACACGCCGGAGGAAGGGGCUGUUUUGGCUCUCUCAGCCCCACGCUUCGACUUCGUCGACCGCUUGCGCAGCGCCCAGCUCAAUGAUCCCGCCUUGGUUGCACUCCAUGGGGAGAUCAACGCCGGCACCAAGGGGGCGCCAUGGGCCAUCAAGGACGGCAUGGUGCUGUACAGCGGGCGGCUGUAUCUGCCCUCGGCUUCACCCCUACUACUGGAGAUCAUGGCGGCCAUCCACGACGAUGGACACGAAGGCGUCCAGCGGGAUCGGCCGCGUCAAUGGCUACAGUGGCUUCCAUGGGCGGAGUACAUCUUCAACACCGCCUACCAGACUUCUCUACGGGACACACCGUUCCGAGUUGUCUAUGGGCGGGAUCCCCCGACCAUCAGAUCAUAUGAACAAGGUGACACGCGGGUGGCAGCAGUAGCCAAGACUAUGGAGGAGCGGGACGAGUUCCUGGCAGAUAUUCGGGCCCGACUAGAGCAAGCACAGAAGCAUCAGAAACGCUUCUAUGACCGGCUGCAUCGGCAGGUCACCUACGAGGUGGGAGAUUGGGCGCUGCUCCGCCUCCGACAUCGUGCAGCGGCAUCUCUUCCUCAGACCACUACCGGCAAGCUGAAGCCCAAGUACUAUGGUCCCUAUCGCGUCGCCGAGAUCAUCAAUGAGGUUGCUGUCCGGCUUGAGCUGCCAGCACGCGCCAGGCUGCAUGAUGUGUUUCACAUAGGCCUUCUGAAGAAGUUCCAGGGGCCACCGCCAGCUGCCCCACCACCGCUUCCACCAGUCCACCAUGGGGCUGUCACUCCAGAGCCGGCCAAGGCAGUGAAGAUGCGUUUAGCGCGUGGUGUCCGGCAGGUGCUGAUCCAGUGGAAGGAUACUUCUCCAGCUUCAGCGACAUGGGAAGAUGCUGAGACGUUCGCCGUCAAGUACCCAGACUUUCAGAUCGAGGACGAUCUGCCUCUCGAGGAAGGGGGAGAUGUCAUGUGGGGGCGCCAAUUAAACCUAUCUAAUCUCUCUUCUCUAUCUCAUAAGCCGGCGGCUAGGGGGCAUAACCCUUCCGACGAAGAACAGCGGCGUGGGGGUAUAAGCCUGCCGAGUCACCACGGAUCGAGACUACGAACUACGUAG